UGAGUCCAAGAGCCCCAAUCCAUGAAAUCCGAUUGGACUUUGUAAUGGUCAAAGAUUGGAGACACUGAUGAUGAUGUAGAGCCUCCCCCGAGUAUCAAAUCAGAGCACAUUCGUCGUGGACGUCCUGCUGGGAGGAGCUCCACACGAUUCUAACUGGGUUUUUUUAUUUUAAUUAUUUUUCCUGAGUGAAUCCAAGUUCGGAGAUGGCCUUUCAACUCGAAUCUGGACCUCUUAAUGAGGAGACCAACGCUUUGGCUGUGAAGGAACUCAGGGAGACUGAGGAGAACGUGAAAAAAGGAAUUGAAGCUCUGCGAAAACUUCUUGAAGAGGACAAAACCAUGUACUUCAGAACAGACGAUGAGUUCCUAACAAUAUUUCUCCGUCCGUGCAAAUACUAUCCAGAGAGUGCUUUUGCUCUUAUGCAGCGUACAUCUGACUUCAAGGUCAAGAAUGCCGCACUAUUGGACAACCUGUUACCGAUGGACGAGAAGAGUGCGAUAUUUGAUAAUAAUGUCGUAAAUGUGCUGAAGGGCAGAGAUCACAAAGGUCGACGUGUGCUCAUAGUGAAUGCUGGAAAGACAUGGGAUCCGUCCAAGGUCAAUGCCGACUCCAUGUUCCGAAUUUUUUAUCUCAUUCAUGAGGCGGCUAUUCUGGAGCCCGAGACACAGGUGAGAGGUGUAGUAGUCAUCAUGGACUUUGAUGGACUUUCCAUGAAACAGGUGAUGGGUCUUACGCCAUCAUUUAGCAUGAGGCUAUUAUCAUUUAUUCAGGAUGCUAUGCCACUUAGAUUGAAAGAGGUCCACAUAGUGAAGCAGCCGCUCCUCUUCGACCUCGUCUGGAGAAUAUUCAAGCCCUUCGUAAGAGAAAAGUUGCGAAAAAGAAUGUACUUCCACGGUACAAAAAUGAAGUCCCUGCACACCCACAUGGCCCCAAGCCAUCUCCCCAAGAACUACGGUGGCGAGCUUGCCGAGAUCGAUUACACCGCCGCCGAUUGGUUCCCAGCCUUCCAAGGCUGUGAGGACAGUAUCAAAGCCUGGAAUACUUACGGCUACCGCAAGGACUAAGACCACCUCUCAAGCCAUGAAAAAACAUCCUCGUCACUGGAACAGAACUAGAGUAACGCGGUGACAGUGAAAAUCUCGAAGAACAUGAGACCAAAGUUCACACCUGCAGGACACAAAAACUCACGAGAAGCCGUAAAAACGACUAGAAAGAAUUAUUAGUUAAUAAGUAUGCGAAAUUUUUAUUGAAUCCUCUAUUUCUUGUUGAAUUAUCGUUGUUGCAUUAAACAUAUGAGAAGAGGCGAAGGAAAUAAAGUAAAAGAGCAAAAAUGGAA